ACUCCAGUUGGAUGAAUGUCACUCCUUUUCCGACUGCGGUGGGUCUCGCUGUGAGACCCCUCCUUGUGGAUCCUCCCCCCCCCAAAAAAAAUCUCCACCUGGUCAAGGAGUGGGGAUACCUGCUGAGCAUGCUCAGUCAGCACUGCAGUGUUUUCUGCUCGUUGUAGUACAAUGCUAGCAAUUGUGUUGCUGCUAACAGCAGUCACAUCCUCCCUCCUGUAACCAGUAGUUUUCAUAGAUGUAGUUGCCUUGGAAACAGCCAUCUGCUCAGUCCCCAUUGGAAUGCAAUUGUCCUGCUGCGUUAGGGUCGGGGAGAAGCCGGCUGGCCGGGCAUCGUGUGCAAGAGAAGCAUCAAGGAUGCAGCCUGCUAAUUAGCUGGAAGUGCUCGCUCAGUGCAGCAAUUGUAUAGGAAAUGCUGCAAAUCUGCAAUGCUGGCAGGCAAGACAGCUAGCUCUGCUCUCGUCAGCCAACAGUUUCAACCACUUGAAAGUUUCGGCAUCGGAACGCAGGUCGACAAAUAUAACCAGGCCACUUCAGAGAACGUCCAGGAGUGUAGCAAGAAAUGACGCCCAGGACAUAAAUGGGAGAAUCGGCCCAAACACAAUCAAGUCACACACGAGUCCAAAGCCUCAAGUGCCUCGAAAGCCUCUGCAUCUUCAAAGUCCGGCAGCACAGCAAGCAAGCCAAGGUCCAGACAUCAAGGCAUUGCACGGUGGAAAGGCAAGGAUGGACUCCUUCACACCACCCAGUCCAUGCAAGGAAAAAGUUGGCAAAGUGUCUGAUCUGAUCAACCGGUUUCAAGGAAGCAGUCCAGGGAGCCCUAAUGAUUUGAAGAAGGACGUUCAAAGUGGGUCACCUUCUCCCCGAAACCCUGCAAGAGCUUUGAUUAAUUCUCAUCAGCCCAAACUGCUGUCAGACCAUCCUAUUCUUCAGCGGCAGAGAACGGACUCUGUGAGGGUAAACUGUGCCGCAGAAUCUGCCUCCGACGCUGGGCUGCAGCCGGCCAACGGGUUGGUGACCUCGCUGCCAGCGGGCAGCGCCGAGGGCAGCGCGCGUACGGCCGAGCCUCUGAUGGACAACAGACCGCCAGACGGGGAGCAAGAGGCCGCCGUGAGUCAGGCGCCGUCUACCACGGGACGGGCAGCGGUGGCCGGCCUCAAUGCCGUCUUGAUGCCGCGCGAGAAACCAGGAGAGGCUCCGGAAGUGCAGACGCAGACCACCCUGGAAGCAAAGAAAAUUCGCAAUGGAGAAAUACAGACGAGUGAAAACGAACUGAGCGCAGAGAAGAAGGAGACAAACGAAGAAAAGCUCUAUAAGAUUGCUAACGAGCUUUUGCUGACAGAGAGAGCGUUUGUGAACAAGCUCCAUCUACUAGAUCAGGUAUUCUGUGCCAAGUUGCUGGAGGAAGCCAACAGCAAGGGCUCCUUUCCUGCAGAGGUAGUGACCAAGAUCUUCUCCAACAUUUCCUCCAUUUAUGCCUUCCACAGUCAGUUCCUGCUGCCUGAGCUCGAAACACGAAUGAAUCUUUGGAAUACCACGCCACAAAUAGGAGAUAUUUUGCAGAAGUUGGCCCCGUUCCUGAAGAUGUACGGUGAAUAUGUGAAAAACUUUGAGAAGGCCAUGGCACUUCUGAAAACGUGGAUGGGCAGAUCACUGCAGUUCAAAGCUAUUGUUGAGGAAAUUCAGAAACAAGAAAUCUGUGGGUCCCUGACAAUCCAACAUCACAUGCUGGAACCAGUCCAACGAAUUCCCCGCUAUGAGCUCCUGCUUAAGGAUUACUUGAAGAAACUACCAGAGGACUCGUUAGACAGGAAAGACGCAGAGAAGUCGCUAGAAAUUAUCUCCACUGCAGCCACGCACUCGAAUGCUGCAAUCCGUAUGAUGGAAAAGAUGAAGAAAUUAAUCGACGUGUACGAAAUGCUAGGAGGUGAAGAGGAGGAUAUAGUAAAUCCUUCAAAUGAAUUAAUAAAAGAGGGACAAAUCCAAAAGCUGGCUGCUCGCAACACUUCAUCACAGGAAAGAUAUCUUUUCUUGUUGAACAAUAUGUUGCUGUACUGUGUUCCAAAGUUCAGUUUGGUAUUCACAAGAUAUUCUGUCCGAACCAAAAUUGGUAUUGAAGGCAUGAAGGUAAUUGAGACUCAUAACAAAGACUAUCCCAACACAUUCCAGGUCUCUGGAAAAGAACGAACACUGGAGUUGCAGGCCAGCUCUGAUCAGGACAAGGAAGAAUGGAUAAAGGCUCUGAAAUAUACAAUACAUGACUUUAAACAGAAGAAUGAAACUUUCAGAUCUGCGAUAGCUAAAGAAGGGGAAGACCAUGGCCCUGAGGUUUCAACGGCAGAGUUGGGGAUGAGGGCACCGAGGUGGAUUCGCGACAAUGAGGUCACUUUGUGCAUGAAAUGUAAAGAGCCCUUCAACGCUCUGACCCGGCGAAGGCACCACUGUCGAGCGUGUGGAUGUGUUGUCUGUUGGAAGUGUUCUGACUACAAGGCAAACCUUGCCUACGACAGCAACAAGCCCAACAAAGUGUGUAAAGACUGUUACAUCAUCAUAACAGGACAAACGGACAGUGAGGAGAAAGAUGAAAAAAGGAAGAAAGGAAUUCUGGAGAUUGACGCUGCUGAAGUCUCAGAGAACUGUAUCAUCUGCAAUUUUCUUCAAUAUCUGGAGAAACCGGCCAAACCCUGGCAGAAAGUGUGGUGUGUGAUUCCUAAGAAUGAGGGCUUGGUUCUGUACAUGUAUGGAGCACCCCAGGACGUGAAGGCACUCGCCACGAUCCCUCUCCUCGGCUACGUGAUCGAAGAUAAUCCACGGGGGGUGGACGCGUCGCACGUGUUCAGGCUGAAACAAUCGAGGUUCGUCCACACCUUUGCCGCGGACUCUGACGAUCACAAGCAACAGUGGCUGAAAAUAAUCAGCAUGGCCGCGAGGGGGGACACGCCCACUGACAAUGAUGACUUCAGUAGCGAUGAGGCCUCCACCUCUUGACUGAGCGUUGACUCCAGCUACACAGCGGCUGACACUGAGAAUCCAAAACCACCUUAAGGAUGAUUUCUAAAGCAUGUGUGGUAUCUCGUGUGGGGGAAAAAAACGUUUAAAAACUUCUUCAAAUGAAAUGUCUACGCUCACUAUUUCUCGUCCUUUCACCCCGACUAAUCCGACAAACAGAGACUGCAUUGGUCAGUAACUUCUGUUACUAUUUGCACCAAAACUCUUUCAGUGACCAAGCAGUCGGGAAAAAACUAUCCAGCACAAACUUAUAACAUUUAAGAAAACACUGGACAAUUAAAUAAGCUUUAUAUUAUGGUGAUGUUAUAUCGUCUACGUAUUUGGUUGCUCGGUUGAAGCAGUGAAUUUAAAUUGGUGUACAUGAUGCAUGUACAGAAUGGCAAUUAAUGAACUGUGAAGAACUGUGGUCCAUAGCUCAGACAUUCAGACUGUUUUCUGUGAAGUUUCAGUGGAAAUGAACAGACCUAAGAGUUUUUUGUUUUCGUGAGACCACUAGUUUCUGUAUUUGAAAUCAAUCUGUCUAAUGUCCUUGUGCUUUAAGCAGCGGCAAAGAAUUGAUGUUAUAUUAUUGUAUUUAUUAAAGCUGAGGUAUCCUUCUCGUGCCCCACCUGUGUAUCAGGUGCGGGUUAGCUUGGGAUACCCAAAGGUUCAUGUGCACAUGAAGCAGUUAAUUAUUAAAAAUUAACCCGCUUCCUCAACUAGUCGUAAUCCCGGCAACCAUGCAACAAGGAGGUUUUGCUGCACUACAAAAUGAUAGGAAUCCACAUUGUCAAAAGACAGCAGGUUAAUCUUUGGAAUUUCAGGGUGGUGAAUCUGUGGAAUUCUUUGCCACAGACGGCUGUGGAGGCCAAGUCAGUGGAUAUUUUACUGGCAGAGAUAGAUGAUUCUUGAUCAGUACAGGUGUCAGAGGUUAUGGGCAGAAGGCAGGAGAAUGGGGUUAGGAGAGAUACAUCAGCCAUGAUUGAAUGGUGGAGUAGACUUGAUGGGCCGAAUGGCUUAACUCUACUGCUAUUCCUGAUGAACCUUAAUCUCUUAACUCUCAAGAAGGGAUUUUGAGACGGUGACUUCCCUGCCCGCGGUUGACCAGAGAAGGAAUUCAAAAUCAAAAACGAGGCAGAAACAUCCCAAUCCAUGUAAUUGUGUUCAGCAGAGCUACAGCCGUGGUCCGGGGAGGAAGAUGAAUCUCUCGGACUGUGAAUAAUAUUUGAUUUCAGAAUCGAGUCACCCCAUAAAUUGAGAGGAAAGAAAAUCAUCUCCAAAAAGUCCAGGAAGAAAAUAAACUUGCAUGUGGCACCGUAAAUAUAUCUACAAGGUAUACACUUGUAUAAAUGAAAGUCAGACAAUAACACGCUAAGAGGUUACGAUAAUAUCAUAAUAUAAAUAAGUCCAAUUAAAUAGUUCAAACUCAUUACUGCCUUCAAAUCCUGUUAUCAUGUAAAUAUGUACAGUAGGGGUACAAAAGCAGCUCGUUCUUCUACCAUGUAAGUAUUCUGCCGAAUGGUGAAAUCAAACUGAUUUAUUCUGAUGCAAGUCCACAGCAGGCUCAAGCAGAAUGUGAUGAGAAAUUGCUGAUUUUACUGACUUUACUGUGGAUUACUGAUCUACUGAUCUUGAUUGUUCAUUAGUCUUUGCUACCUAUUCAUCAUUAACUAUCAAAUGCAACGUUUCGUGACUUUAUUUAUAAAUAUUUCAAAAAUAAUCCUACAGAUCACUAGAAAAUUUGAAGCCUGCCGACGUCCAUUAAUUUGAAAGGUUUUGCUGAGCCUUAGUGUUGCAAAUUAAGCAAUUGUAUGCCAAAGCUCAAAUUAUAUAAGUGAUCUGAGGAAGGGGUACUCCAAUUUGAAUUCAAGUGGACUGUAGCAUUUGAAAUGUUUUUGUAUGUGUCUGGAUAUUAAGGGUUCUAUUCUCUUGAACAUGCAACAAAAUGGAAACCAAACAAGACAAAACUAUUAGUCUCUUAAAAGUAGUGCUUGUCACCAUUUCUAUGUAAAUGUAAAUGCACUUUCUAAACAAAAAAUAGAUGGCGUUUAUGGAACUGUGAGAGAGCAAGUUGCUCUUUAAAAUGAUCUCCUUGAGAAAAAAAGUUAUUUGAUGCUAUUACAGAAGAUUACUGUGCAAAAGUAUGCUUGUUGUCCUGAGUCUUGUCCAAGGAAGGAUAUGAUGUGUUAUAAUUAAUUUACAAAAAGAAAAAGAUUAUCAUUGAGUUACAUUUUUUUUGACACACUUACUAAAACUUCUGUCACAGAAAUGCUUUUUGAAUAUUUUUUUUCCUGGUCACUUCUUUAUAAACAUCGUUAAUGUUGAUAGACAAAAUUCUGGAGUAACUGUGGGUCAGGCGGCAUCUUUGGGAAAAAGGAAUAGAUGGCUUUUCGGGUCUCAACCGGAAACGUCUGAAAAAGGGUCUCAACCCGAAACAUCACCUAUUCCUUCUCUCCAGAGUUGCUGCCCGACCCACUGAGUUUGAUUUAGUUUAGAGAUACAGCGUGAAAACAGGCCCUUCAGCCCACUGAGUCCACAAUGACCAGCGAUCCCCACACAUUAACACUAUCCUACACACAUUAAGGACAAUUGACAUUUAUACCAAGCCAAUUAACCUACAAAUCUGUACAUCUUUGUAAUGUGGGAGGAAACCGAAGGUAACGGAGGAAACCCACGCAGGUCACAGGGAGAACGUACAAACUCCGUAUAGACAGCACCCAAAGUCAGGAUCGAACCCGGGUCUCUGACGCUGUAAGCUCUGUAAGGCAGCAACUUUACAGCUGCGCCACUAUGUUACUCCAGCAUUUUGUGACUAUCUUUGGUGUAAAUCAGCAUCUGCAGUUCCUUCCUACACACUUAAUCCAGAACAAAGAGACAUUUGCCAUGCCUUUUCUCCAUCCACACUCUCACCCCAAAUCUUCACAAACAGGACUUGCUUUCAGAGGACAAUGGAGCCGCAUCUUAACAUCACCUCAGCUCCACAGAACCUGUCCACGGGUCUUUGCAAUGCACAACCCAUCAUCAGCAAGGACAACAUUGGAGCAAGAUUAGAAUGGGUCAAGAGAGGUUUAAAAAAAAGGUUCUUUAAUGCAUUUUCUGGAGAAAAAACCAGAUGAGUUCAUGUACAUUUUGUGAGGGAGCAAGUUGCCCCUUAAAAUUGUCUCCUGUAUAAAAAAGAUUGUUCAAUGCUAUUAUAGAAAAUCAUCAUGCAAAAGUUUACUUGUUGUCCAUACAGUAUUAAAUCCCAGGAAAAUGCACUCUAAUAUGAGUCUGAAACACGGUGUUAAAAGUAAUUACAGGUUAAUUUAGGGUGCAUUUUCUUGACCACUUACACUAACUCCACCCUUGAGUGAGAAUUCCAGAGAGCAAACCUGUGUCAUUUCACCUUGUACCUUACCAGUUCUGUGAACGAGUGCUACAAAUCUUGAGCCUACAUUGCAGAAGACGCCUGCGAACUGCGUCUGGGCUCUACACAUUGGAAGACCUGUUUUUGCACGUUUUUUAAUAUUGUUCUGCAUUCACUAUAGUCACCCAGCCUGAAACCCGCUUAACUGUAUCAGCCCUUCGACAUGUUAGCAUACACUGACUGUACCAGCGGUAUCAUCAUUUCUAGUAUCGUUUAAAUCAAAAGUGAUUGCAGUUUUUUUAAAUUUUGAUUGGCAGGGAUGAGAAUUCAUGUAUAUACAGUUUUUGUUGGUAAGUCUCCAAUCAGUACAGUAUUAAAAUUGAAUAAAUAGCAGUAUUAUACAUAAUGGAAUUCUUUUCAAGUUUUCAAAUGCUCUCUUUACAAACUUUAAGGUUUCAUAGAACAGUGCAGCACAAGAAUAGGCCCUUUGGCCCACAAUGUCUAUGCUGAAUACAAUGCAUCUACCUGCACAAUGUGCACCAGUCAGUAUGAGAUGGGAAUUGGUUUCUGUGUGCUUCUGUUUUUUAAAAAGAUAUGCCUCAAACAGUGCCAGUGAUGGUCAACAUACAGUACCUAAUAAACUCAUUGAGUUUGAGUAA